CAAAGGCCCUUUCUCAGUUGAUAGUGCCAUCUCCGAAGAUGAUGAGUCAAAAGAAGAAGAGAACAAAGCAAAUCCAUUACUUAAGAGAAACACCAAUAUGACUGACACGGAAAAUGAGUAUUACUUUUUUGAUAAUAAAACAGAUGUUUAUACCAAGCACAACAAAGACGGACCAAUUAUGGAGGAUGUAAAAAGAACUUCAAGCAUCUCCAACGACGACGCGGAAAAAAAUAAAGAUGAUGAAACAUCAUUCAUCAUCCCUCCCGAGCAUCAAAAAAAAAUCAUGUAAGCGAUGAUUCUGAAAAUCUUUUCCUUGAUAACAGAAAGGAUUUGUCUACGAGAGCUAUAAAAAUAUCUCCCUGAUUAUGGAGAGAAAUACCACCGAGCACUUCAAAAUGUCACUUCAUGCAGAAAAAGAUCUUAGAAUGCGAAAAUAAAGCUCUCAAUUCGUCUUAAAUGAGGAAAUAAAAAAACACUACGAUUCAGCCUGAAUCUGCAGUGGACGGUCUGAAUAAUCCCUUCAAUGAUGAAGUAUCGACUUCAUAUACGGUUAAAUGCAAUUCAAUGACUGAUGAUGUUUCUGCGCAUCCCUUGUUAUUAACUUCCCAAACACCCACUCUGUUGACUGCACCUCUCAUGCAUCCGUAUUUCAGAACUACUCCCUUGACUGAUCAUUCAUAUGCAUUAACAGAUGCAUCUCACGCCCGUAACAUUUUGAAAGAGAUUACUAAUUGGCAUAAUAAUGACAAAUCAACACUUCAGCCGAAGGAACAUUCAAUAAAUGCAAGCAUCGAAAGAAAUAUAUAAAUAUACGAUCAGAUAAUGCCAUUUUUGAUAAAGAGGAUAUCAUCACCAUAAGCGACUCAAGUGAGACCUCUUCAUCGAAUCUCUUACUCAUGAAGAAAGACGAUCAGGGUAAAGAAUUACUUGCUCAGACUCAAUCGCUUAAAAGAAAAGUGGAACAUGUGGAAUCAAAAAAUUAUGGCCCAACGAAGAGGAUGAAAACUGGAAAGAAUGAGAAGAGCAAGCAAUUGGGUUACUAUUUCCGAAAUCAUAAAGAGCUUAGAAUUAAAAAUCAGAGAAUUAAUUCUAAAAAAACAGGAUUAAUAUUCCCCAAUGGUAAAACGUGUAUCAAGCCGUUGAGAAUAAAACUUUUGGAAGUUUGAAUCGAAGGUGAAUAGAAAGCUGUUGCCUAAAGAAGUGAAAGUCCGUCCGCUCAAUACCUGCGGUUUAGAUUCAAUUCUCCAUAUUUUAGAAUUUUGGGUGAUCGAUCACCCCUUAUAUGAGUCAUUUGCAAAAGACUCUGAUAGUAAAGCCAUUAAACUCCUUCUUUCUUUCAUGAAAAAAGGGGCUACUGCGGAAGUACAGCAGGAACGGUUGAGACUCCUGAAUACAGUAUACCAGCUCAAUGCUGUCGAUUCACUUGAUAUCAUUUGGGAACGAUUCUUGACCGGCGAACCAAGUCGUUUCACAUGUAAAAAUCCAGAUUGUAACGUUGAACGCACACCAAUGUAUUUGAUUCAUGUGAACGAGAGAAUUCUGCUCGAAGGUGGUUAUAAAGACUUGGAAAAAGUUCUUCAAUAUCGUCCAGUUGAUUAUAACAAGAAAUGUCGAUCGAAAUGUGGCUAUGAAAGUGAGGAGUAUACCACAUUAAAUCUUCACAUUUGCAUAAGUUUAGAUGUGCGUGAGCCUACGAACAAAUUAAGAACCAUGGAUGGUCAUUUAAAUGAUUUUCCUCCUUACCUUUAUCUAGAGAGACCUUAUAGACUGGUAGGAAUCAUCCAUCAUGAGCCAGGACUAUCGCUUCCAAACUUUGAAGAAGGACAUUUACAAACUUCAGAGCCGGGCCACUUCUCAGCAUAUAUUCUUCAUACUACAGGAUCGUGGAUCCAUUGUGAUGAUUAAGAGGAAAACAUCAACUAUACGUGCAAACCAAGUCAAACUGUGAAACCUCAUGCUGCAAUUUACGUCAUCUGUGAGACCGAAUGCGACAUUUAAAAACGAUUCUUCGAUAAAAUUACCUAAAUUACCUUAAGUUACCUUUCAAUGAGAAAUGUUAUAAAGUUCUGUACUUAAUAGGAUUUAUUUUUUUUUAUUUUCUUCUCCCUAGGAAAUUUUCGAAAAAAUUUCAGAGAAAAAUGAUAUUCUAUUGACUUUUAUAAA